CUGGAGAAGAUCCAUGCGACUGCUUUGAACCCAGCAGACUGGAAAAGACGUGAAUUCAACUUCUUCGUACCUGCUUAUCCUGUUAUCUUCGGGACCGAUUCGGCUGGGACUGUGGAGGAGGUGGGUGAAGACGUGCAAGGAUUUGCGAAGGGCGACAGAGUUGCCCAUGAAGGAACUUUCUUUUCGAAUGACAAGGCUACAUUCCAACAGUACACAACGGUGCCAGCUAAAAUUGCAGUGAAGCUACCGAAGAAUAUUUCCUUCGACGAGGCAGCGUCUAUCCCUCUCGGCAUCGCAACUGCAGCUAUAGGUCUUUACGGGGACAGACCAGCCGGAGUCCAGAAAUAUACACCUUGUUGGGUGGAAGAUGGUGAAGAUCUAUAUCGUGGAAAGCCUAUUGUCAUUUUCGGAGGAUCAUCCACCGUGGGCCAGUACGCCAUACAGCUCGCAAAUCUCUCUGGGUUUUCUCUCAUCGUCACAACUACUUCCUUACAUAAUUCCAACUUUCUCGAAUCAAUCGGUGCAACAAACGUAAUUGAUCGCAAAGCUAACGUUCUAAUCGAAGUCAAAAUGGUCCUCGGCGAUACGCCGGUCGAGUUGAUAUAUGAUGCGGUAUCCGAGCAAUCUACACAGCAACAGGCGUGGGACGUCCUUGCGCCUGGCGGGACACUAGUUUUUAUUCAAGGAGCAAAGAUCGAUAAGAACAAAGGGAAGCCAGUCAUUGAUACUAUUUUUGCGGAUUUCCAUAUGCCUGAGUUGCGACAGCUCGCCGCAAGUUUAGCAAGCAAGUUGGCACACCUGCUUGAAAAUGGAGCGAUUAAGCCGAACCGCAUCGAGAUGCUUCCUAAUGGCCUGGUCGGGAUCCCUGAUGGUUUGUAG